AUGUUCACCGGCAUCGUCGAAGAAAUCGGAGUCGUCUCGGAGCUCAACCCCAACGACGAGACAGGAGGCACCUCCCUCACAAUCACCCUGCCCGAGUCCUCCACCCUCCUCUCAGACUGCCACCUUGGCGACUCAAUCGCCAUCAACGGCGUCUGCCUCACCGUCACAUCCUUCGAAGCCUCCGGCCCCCCCUCCUUCAAGGUCGGCGUCGCCCCCGAGACGCUGCGCAUCACCAACCUCGGCUCCCUUGUCAAAGACUCGCGUGCCAACCUCGAGCGCGCCGUCCGCGCCGACACCCGCAUGGGCGGCCACUUCGUCCAGGGCCACGUCGACACCACGGCCACCAUCCUGGCCGUCACCCCGGACGGUAACGCCCUCACGUUCCGCUUCGCGCCGCGAGACAAGGCCGUCCUGCGCUACAUCAUCUACAAGGGCUAUGUCGCGCUCGACGGCACGAGCUUGACCGUGACGCAGGUCAAUGAUGAGGAGGGCUGGUGGGAGGUCAUGCUGAUCAGCUACACGCAGGAAAAGGUCGUUGUCGCGAGCAAGAAGCCCGGUGACACUGUCAAUAUUGAGGUGGACAUGAUGGCAAAGUAUGCCGAGAAGAGCCUCGCCGGGUACCUCGGCGGUGCCGGCAGCGCUCCGUUGGAGAGAAUGGUUGAGCGGAUCGUAGCUCAGGGACUUGGUGGUAGGUCUUGA